CGGAUAGCCUGGUAGAACAGAGGUGAGGCUUCCUGACGUGCAGGUCAGGCUUCAGUCCCCAACUAACAGAAAUGAGUGAAGAAAAUGCAGACACAAAGUCAUACCUGAUUUAUGGGAGCUUUGGACUGGGAGGGCUCCUGCUCUUGAUCGUGGUCAUUCUGUCCAUCUCUUUGUGUCGGCUCCAUCAGAGAGUGAAGAGGCUGGAGCUGAACAGGGCCCAGCUCUCGGAGCAGGAGCUACACUAUGCAUCCCUGCAGAGGCUGCCCAGCAGCGAAAGAGAAGGCUCCAAAGAGGACGCCAGCGCCGACUACGCUUGCAUUGCCAAUAACAAACCCACCUGAGAACCCUGAAUCGCCUCCCUCAGCGCAGCAGUCCCAGUUCCUGUUUCAAAACCGAGAUCCAGCAACUCUGCCCUGCACUACACUGCGGCAUCACAGACUCUGGGUCCCAG